GGGCGCGGGCCAGCACAGAUCGCGCUCGAGGCCCCUCAUGUCGUCGGCGGGCCCGCGAUACUCGAGCCUCGAUCGGGCCUCGGUCGGCCUGCUCGAUCACGACCGCGAGUUCGUCCCCAUAAGGGAACCGUCGUCGCUGUCGCGAUCGCGCUACCUCGAAGACGAAGUGCUUUACGGGGCUGGGGCUGGGGCGGGCAUGGGCAUGCGGCCAGUCAUGUCGGCCCGCCAGAGCCCGAAUCCGCACCUGCUGCGAGACGGCACCGGCGGCUACAUCGGCGAGCUCCAGCACCAGAACAACGAUCUGCAGCGCGAGCUGGGCAAUCUCAAGAAGGAGCUCGAACUGACGAACCAGAAGCUGGGCAGCUCGAUGCACAGCAUCAAGACCUUCUGGAGCCCCGAGCUCAAGAAGGAGCGGGCGCUGCGCAAGGAGGAGAGCACCAAGUACAGCCUCAUCAACGAGCAGCUCAAGCUGCUCAACUCGGAGAACCAGAAGCAGAGCAUGAUGGUGCGCCAGCUGGAGGAGGAGCUGCGAUUGCGUAUGCGUGGCCCCAGCGUCGAGAUGCAGCAGCAAAUGGAAGUCCUGUACAGCGAGAACGAGCACUUGACUCGCGAGAUCGCUAUACUGCGAGACACGAUAAAGGAGCUGGAGCUUCGAAUAGAAACGCAAAAGCAGACUCUGCAAGCUCGGGAUGAAAGUAUUAAGAAGCUUUUGGAAAUGCUUCAAAACAAGGGCAUGGGUAAAGAGGAAGAACGUAUCAUGUUCCAGCAGAUGCAGUCUAUGGCUCAGAAGCAGGUUUACGGAGGCUAUCCGAUGGACCCGGAAGAGGAAGAAUUGCAGAUGAUACUCGGGCCCGGCGUCACCAUACUUGGGCAGGACGACGAGGGCCAUAUAUUGUACACGACCCAACGCAUUGACGCAUGGGAACCGCCAAGACUACCGUUUUCCGGACGAUCGCAUUUUCUUUCGCAGCUCGACGAACUCAGGAUGGAGGUGCAGCGACGCGACCAGGAACUGCUGGCGAUGGCCGCCAAGAUGAAGACACUGGAGGAGCAGAAUCAGGAUUAUCAGCGGCACAUUGCCGUGCUCAAAGAGUCGCUCUGCGCCAAAGAGGAGCACUACAACAUGCUGCAGGCCGACACGGAGGAGAUGCGACAGAGACUGGAGGAAAAGAAUCGGCUGAUCGAGAAGAAGACCCAGGCGGCACUGCAAGCGCAACAGGAGCGAAAUCGUUUCAACACGGAACUGACCGAGCUCAAGGAUCACAUGGACAUCAAGGAUCGCAAGAUCAACGUGCUUCAACGAAAGAUCGAAAAUCUCGAGGACCUGCUGAAGGAGAAGGACAAUCAGGUGGACAUGGCGCGGGCGCGUCUCACGGCCAUGCAGGCUCACCACUGCAGCAGCGAGGGCGCCCUGAGCAGCCUCGAGGAGGCCAUCGGCGACAAGGAGAAGCAGAUGACGCAGCUGCGCGAGCAGCGGGAUCGAGCCGAGCAGGAGAAGCAGGAGGAGCGAGAGCUGCACGAGCGAGAGAUCGCCGAGUACAAGAUGAAGAUACACACCCUCGAGUCGGAGGUGGAGAAGCUGAGCGCGAGGAUGGAGCGCGCCCAGGCCGAGAAGGACCGGCUCGAGGCCAAACUCGAGAGCUCGCAGUCCGAGCUGGGCAAGAGCAAGGCCGAGCUCGACAAGGCGGCCUCGGAGGUCGGCCGCUCGGGCGCCGACUGGGAGGCGGCCAAGCAGCGCCUGACCCGGCUCGAGCUCGAGAACGAGCGGCUGCGUCACGAGGUGGAGCGCUCGCAGACGCCCUCGUACGGGGGCAGAAGCAGCCGAGCCGCCGACCAUCACAGCUCGACGCAGGAGCUCGAUCGCAUACAGGAGCGCGCCGAGAAGUCCAACUCGGAGUUGAGGAGGUCGCAGGCCGAGCUGCGCGCCACCCAGGCGGACAACGAGCGAGCCCGGGCCGAGGUGACGGCGCUCCAGGAGAAGGUCGAGAAGAGCCAGGGCGAGGUGUAUCGACUCAAGGCCCGACUCGAGAACGCGCAGAGCGAGCAGGACAGCCUGCGCGAGGAGUACGACCGGGCCCAGGCGACGGUGGCGCGGCUGCACUCGGAGCGCGACAAGGCCGUGGCCGAGUACGAGAAGGUCCACGAGGAGCUGGAGCGCACUCAGGGCACCCUCGGCAAGGCCCAGCUGCAGCAGGACAAGCUGCAGAAUCUGCUCGACAAGACGCAGACCGAGGUCGACAAGCUCCAGGAGAAGCUGGAAAAGGCUCACGCCGAGCUGAGAAGGAUGCAAAUGGAGAAGGAGAAGCAAACGUACGACUUCGAGAAUCUGCAGACGCAACUGGACAAGACGCACGGCCAGAUGUCGCGAAUGCAAAAGGACCGAGACUCGGCGCAGCUGGAGAUCGACCGCCUCAAGGACAAAUACGACAAAGCCCAAAAUAUCAUGGCGAGACUGCAAAAGGAGCGCGACAACUUCCACGAGGAGAUGGAGAAGCUGCAGGAGCGAUGCGAGUUCCAGCAGAAUCAAUUGUCCAAGUAUCAGAGGGACAAAGAGAACGCCCUGUCAGAGAUCGACAUGAUCAAGGACCGCUGGGAGAAGGCACACAACGCUCAGCAAAAGUUGGCGAUGGAACGAGACGACGCACUCACAGAGAUCAACAUACUGAAGGAGAAGCUGGACAAGGCGCAGUUCACGCUGAGCAAGGCGUUCGAGGACAAGGAGAUGGCCGGCAAGGAGUUCGACAAGCUCGUGGAGAAGUACGAGAGAUCGCAGAACGAGAUCUACCGGCUGCAGAGCAAGAUCGACGUGCUCGAGGCGGACAAGGAGCGCUGCGAGCUCGAGGCCGAAAAACAACAGACGCUCGCGGUGAAGGGCCGCGAGGACGCGCGCAAGGCCCAGGAGGAGCUCUCGAGGAUCCAGGAGAUGUACGAGCGGGCCGCCCUCCAGCUCAGUCGCACCAAGGAGCACGAGGAGAAGUCCAAGGACGAGCUCGAUCGGCUCACGGUGGAUCUGGACAUGGCGCGCGAGCGCUACGAGAAGACGCAGAUCGACAUGCGCCGGCUGCAGAGCGAGCGCGAGAAGCUCAUCUCGGACAACGAGCGGCUGAGCUUCGAGCUGGAGCGCGCCCAGUCGCAGCUUUCCAAAGCCCAGGCCGCCACGGACAAGAGCCAAGAGGAGCUGGCGAGGAUGCAGCUCGAGCUCGAGAAGAUGUACGAGAAGCACGACCGGCAGCAGGUGGAUCUGCGCAAGGCUCAAGCGGAGGCCGAGCGGCUGAGACACGAGGCGGAGAACGCCCGCGAGGAGGGCGAGCGCUACGUGACGCGCUUCGGCAAGUACCAGGAGAGCCAGGAGCGCCAGAAGGAGGACCACGAGCGCCUCAAGCUCGAGUGCGAGCGACUGCGCGACCGACUGGAGAAGGCCCAGGCCGAGCUCGAGCGGGCCCGGCGCAGCGAGCGCGAGUACGAGGCUCGCUCCGAGAGCGUACGCGGCAAGUAUCAGCUGGAGCAGGAGUGCGAGAGGCUGCGCGAGCGUCUGGAGAGCCGCGAGCAGGAGCUCAAACGCUACCAGAAUCAGAACGCCGAGCUGGAGCAGCGAUACCACGAGGCACAGGUGAAUCUGGAGCGGGCGCGCGAGGAGGUCGCCAAGAUACAGCAGGCCCAGGAGCGCGCCAAGCAGGAGCAGGAGCGAAUACGCGUGGACGCGGAGAAGCUGAAGGAUCGACACGACAAGCUGAAGAACAAGGCGGAUCUGCUGGAGGCCGACAACGAGAAGCUGAGGGUCGAGAUAAUCAGGCUCGAGAGGCUCAUGCAGACCGAGGGCAAGACGAGAUCGGAGAGCGCGAGCAUCGAGGUGGAGCGAUUGCGGGCCAGCCUGGACAAGGCGAUCGUGGCGCGCGACCAGGUCGAGCUCGAGGCCGGCCGCCUGGCCAAGGAGCUCGAGAAGAGCCAGAUGAUGCUGGCCAAGAACGCCGAGCUCAUGGAGAGCAACAAGAAGGAGCACGAGCGCCUCUUGGCCGAGGCAUCCCUGCUGCGGGAGGAGCGCGACGCCGUCAGGCAGGAGCUGCGUCGAGCCCAGCAGCACCAGCAGAUCCAGGGCAGCGAGGAGAUCGCCCGUCUGACGCACGAGCUGCAGAUAAUACAGCGCGAGCGCGACAAGAUGGCCGCGAUCCUGGAGAACCGGGAGAAGCACGCGAUGAACAUCGAGGCCGCCAAGCAGAAGCUCGAGGCCGAGGCCAAGCAGCUGCAGGUCGAGCGCGACCAGCUGGUCAUACAGCUGGAGAAGUCGCAGGACAUGCUGAUGAACUUCCAGCAGGAGCUGAACGCCAGCGAGGCCGAGGGCGAGAAGCAGCGCGAGGAGCUGAGGCGGCUGCAGCAGCGGGGCCCGGCGCCACCCAGCGCCGAGUCCAUGGCCGAGCUGCACCGGCUCACGCAGCAGGUGCAGGUGCUCACGCAGAAUCUCACCAAGGAGCGGCAGCGAGCCGAGAUGGCGGAGAAACGGGUGCUCGAGGUGGGCGGACAGUCGCAGCAGGCGCAACAGGCCCAGCUCGAGCAGUGGCAGAAGCAGCUGGAGCUGGAGAAGCAGCGCGCCGACACGGCCGAGAAGCAGCGACAGGCCGUGGAGCGACAGGUUCACGCGCAUCAGCAGCAGAUACAGCAGAUGCAGCAGCAACAGCAGCAACAGCAGCAGGCCCAGGCCGGACACCAGAAUCAGAUGGCCGCCGCGGAGCUCGCCCGGCUGAAGAAGGAGCUGGAGAAGGCCCAGGAGGAGCUGCAGAAGGCCAACGUGGAGCGAGACCGGUUCCAGACGCAGAUCGAGAUGCUGUGCCAGGAGCUGCAGCAGGCGCAGCAGCAGUUGGCCAAUCAGCAGCAGGGCCAGGCCAAGGACACCAGUGCCCAGCAGCGACAGCUCGAGCAGCAGAGACAGCAACUCGAGCAGCAGAGGCACCAGAUCGAGGAGAAGGCCAAGCAAGUCGAUGUCAAGGCGAGAAACGUCGACGAGAAGGAGCGUAUGUUACAGAACGCCGAUCAGGAGCUGAAAAAGCGCAAGGCCAAGAUGGAUCAGCUCGAGCAGCAGCUGCAAAAGAGCGGAGGUUCGCCGGACAAGAGGGUGGCCGAGCUCCAGAAGCUCCUCGAGAACGUGGAGAAGGAGCUGGAGAAGGCCAAGGAGGAGGCGAAUCGCAGCACUCAGGAGACGGAGCGACUGCUGCAGCUCGUGCAAAUGUCACAGGAGGAGCAGAACUCGAAAGAGAAGCAAAUACGAGAUUUGCAAGAAGCACUCAAAGCCGCACAAGCAAAACUCAAAGCAGCAGCUGCACAACAGGAUGCCGGACCCGCUGGAUUCCUGAAAAGCUUCUUCUAAAUCUUCGAUUCGUCGUUGUCGUCAACCGUACACUUUGUUGCAUUUAAACUUCGCAUUUUUCGGACGAGGAGCAGCCACAGUCGUCGUCGUCGCCGUCGAGUCGAAUUGUUAUCGUCGAUCGACGCGUCUGUGCAGCUCGUAACACACACAAAAUCAAACAUCGACAUCAAUUAUAAUAUAUACGAAAAAACAGCAAAAAAAAAAAACAGAUUUCAACUACACUUGGACUAUACGUUUUUUCGAUGUGAUGCGCGCGUCCCGCAAAAUUGCGAUGCGAUUAUUAUGAAAAAAAAAAUAAUAAUAAUACGAACAUUCGGUUCUAUGGACCAUUUUUUUAGAUUAAGCUGAAAGUUACAUUUGAACGAUCGAACAUUUUUGCGUCAAUAUUAAAUACGAGUCUUAAUGUAUAAGUAUUAUAAUUAUAAAUUAUUAACCAGAGUAAAGAAAAAAAAAUGACGACGAGGCCGUUGUACGAACAAAGUAACGUUUCCAAUUGUUAAGCAUUUUUCUAGCCUCGUAUCUAACUCUUUUCUCUAUCUCAACUCUCUCUAACUCUAUCUCCGUCUUUCUAUUUAUCCUCUAUUAUUCCAACAUAUUUUAUCGCAAAUCAUCAAUCGUAUAACAGAAUGCCAAUUCGUGAAAAAAAUAAAUAAAUUAGGGCCUUCACGAUGAAAAGAAACCAAAAGCCAUAGUACGAUGAUAUCGAAGUGUAACAUAAUAUUAACAAAAAUAAUCGUGAACUUUUUCACGUUCCGAGAAGUUAGAUAGUUUACGAAUUUUUCGAGAUAUAUACGCUAGUCGACAUUAAAAAUAAACGGCAGAAAGUUUUCGGUUCCGCUCUUACGAUUCUUCGUUACGUGCAGCAUUAAUACAUACACUUAGAUUUGUUGGCUUUUACUUUUAUCACUGCCGAUGUAUAAGUACGUGUAUAUUGUGAUAAAUAAUCCAGCACAAGAUUUUGCGUUCUCUCUCUCUUUAUCUCUCUCGCGUUGAGAGUGUAUAAAAAAACAAAAAUAGUUGAAACUUGUAAAGAGUAUGCGAAUUCGUGAGUUGCCCUGAAUAUUGCGUACCCUUAUCGAAAUUUCGCGCGCGUAGGAUCAAUGAAUUCCUUUUUAUCCUCCUCCCAUCCUUUCACCCACACCAGCAAAAGAGAGAAAAAAACUCUUCGUUUUAUCAACAGGUUUUGAAAAAAAAAGUUUUAUCAAAAGUAUUAUUUAAUCUACGAAAAUAAUCAGACGUCGCGGGCACGAAACGGAAUAAUUUGUAACUCGUUCGAGGAAGCGCAAGUUAUAUUACGGAGCGGAGAGUCAGUUUGAUAGGUAUUUCGCGGAAGAGAAAGACUGAGAAACCGUAUCUUUAAUAAGAGUAAGAUAAAGUUACUUCGUUGAGACGAACUUUCGGAAUAGCAUUUAAACUGCAUAAAAGUAAUUUCAGUACCUGAAGACGAUAAAAAUCAUCACGAUGCAGUUCCCUCGUCGUUCGGUUCAGCGUGUUUAAUUGUUAACUUAUUUCAAAAAUUCUUUCUUUUAUUCGUUGUUGUUGGUUUUAUCAAAAGCGAAUCGACAGAGUUUAAAAUUUCAGUGCUGCUCUCUUAUGAAUAAAGCAAUUAAUUUUUUCGCGUGCACCGUAUUGAAUCGCUUGAGGUUUUGGCUCGGUGCCAAUUUUUUCUUCUUUUAUUCGUGGUCCAAAGACAGCAAACACACGGUUUAAAAAAAAAGAAGAAAGCGAAUUUAAACAAUUAAAUCAUCAGUAAACGUACGAAUCCUGAUGAAUAUCAAUCGUGAUGACUAAAAUCGACAUAAUAAUUUGAUGAACAAAAAAAGUGUAAGAUGUACUGUAAGAUGGCUAAUAACAAAAUAUUGUACUUGUAUAUAAUAAUAGCCUACGAUAUAAAAGUAAACGUAAGAGUUAAAAAUUACCCAUAGUAAAGAAAUGAGCCUAGCUUCAGGUAGUUGAAAUUAAACACAAUAAACAAGAAAAAAACACGAUUGUGAGUUUUGAGAUUUCAUGCUAAAAGAAAAAUAGCUUUUUUUGUAUUCUAAAAGAUGUCAACGCGUCAUUACGUAAAAUACAUGGAUAAACUAUUUGUGACAAAACAUAAUCAUGAGUAAAAAAAAAAUUAAAUUACACUCCCAACGCCAUAUCAAGUACCCAAAUGCCUGCUUUUCUUAAGAAACAUGAGAAUAUAUAAAAAAAAAUUAUGUAAUAACUCAAUGAGCAUAAUGAGGAAAAAAAAUUAAUUAACAUACAGCACGAAAAAAACCACUAUAUUAUACACUAUACAAUGACAAUUCUUAUAGCCAUGUUGUGAAUGAGACUUAAUUAUGGAACCAAUUCUACAUUCUUACGUUUGAUGUGUCUCGAUAUACGCUUGUACUCGGUAACGCGAAUUAAUCUUGCUUCAACUGAAAACUUUUUCAUGAAUAAAAAAAAUAAUGAUAAUAUUACUAUAAUUAUUGAAAGUAAUGUGCGUACUUGGAGCACUUUUCAUCAUUUCAGGUUACGCGUCGUUGCUACGUUGUAUUUUUAAUUACUCAAAGUAAAAAAUGACAAUUCAUUUCGUAUUACAACAAUUACACUUUGAAGUAUGCGAGGUAAAAUAAAGGCGAAAAAAAUCAUCCUUCGGUUAAAAGCGGAAAUACAAGGGCAGAUAGCGUUUGUUUGCCGUAACAUUUUUGCAUUGUUAUAACGAAAUAUUUUAUAUAUUUUUUAAUUUAUCUGAUCACGGGUCCAAAAAAGUCGUCAUUGUACAGUCAUUAAAAAAACUAUACAUAAUACGCAUCUAUAUAAAUAUUAACAAAAAAACAUUACGAGGUAAAAAGUAAUCUAUAAUAAACUGUAUACAUACGAUUGAAAGAAUAUAUAAAUAUUAUACAUACGUAUACAUAUAAACACAUAGUCACACUUAAGUCAUAUAAAUAAUUUUACGACACAAAAAAAUAUAAAUAUUAUACAUAAUAUGCAUACGUGAAAGCAAAUAUAAUGCGAUUUAGGCUGAAAAAUUUUGUAUUAGAAUGAGUAUACAUAAAAUUAAGCAAUAUGAAGUAUGAUUGUUGCAAAACUACACCUGAACUCAGGUGUACAUUGUUAGCCCGUUACAAUUAAAUUAUAUUAGCAUUCCACUGAUACUCGAUUUAUUAUAUAUGGUAUAUAUAGCAGCGCCGAAAACAAACGACAAUUUUCAGUGAUCAUGAUGAUAUGCACAUAUUGUGGCAAAAAUGUAUUUACACAUUAUUAAGACUACAUUUCGACGCGCGACGAACAGCAAACAAUAUGAGAAAAAAAAACGAAAAACUUUCACAGUGUUUGGAAAUUGUGUAAUACGCGAUAAAGAAAAAAACAAUUCCAAGGAAAGCUGAAUAGGGUUACAAAAAAAAAAACGAUCGAGAAGAUUUAAAGCUUAUAUAAAUGGCUACUAGUUCUUACGAUGACAAUAAUGAACGUUCAUUGAGUUAUACCUAUUUCUCCGCAUCCAGUAAGAUCUGUGAAAGUUUGUAUUCGAAAAAUGACGUUUCCUUUGUCCGGCCCCCUCCCACACUCGUCCCCCCCUCAUUGUAUGAAAAUUCAUAUAAAGGGUUUUUACUCGUAAAAUGUAAAAUUUAUGAGGAGUCAUCAUUGUUGUGUAAACAAAAUAGCCAUCAGAUACGAUAAAGACAGACUAUUAUGGGUACUUCAGGGCAGUGGUGUUUAUGCAUAUAUCGAUGAAAACGAGAAGUUGUCUCAUGCAUAUGCAUACACACACGCGCAUACACGUUAAUUGUUAAUGCAUAAAGUAUGAAUGUGUUAUGUUGUCGAUUUUUUAAUUGGAAAUGAUGUUAAAUUUAGAGAUAAAUCGAAUGCCAUAAGUCAGUUGAUCUGCAACGAUGAUUUAGAAAAAUCGCAAAGAUUGAUAUAAUUGUGAAUUUGUUUACUAAAUAACUCAUUACUAGAAGUUUAAAUUAAUUAUUCAAUUUAAAAAAGAAAUAAAUAAAAUUAUGACUUCCUUAUGGUCUCAUUACUUGUGCAGAGAUCCCGACGAGAUCACGCAGGGUUUAACGUAAUUUUGAAGCGACGUUUUCCACACGGAAGACACCAUUGAUCUACAAAAUUAAACGAGGCUUUCGGACUUUGGAAAAGUUAAUAAGCCUACAAGUCUAUUGCAUAUUGUAAAUAAAUGUGAAAAAAUAUUAUAAUACUAGUCGAGUGUUUUUAAUUUUUUGAUUGCAUAUGAUACGUAUGCAUACGUUACAUGUUAUAGUGCGCAAAUUGUGUACAAAAACACACAUACACACACUAAAUAUAUUAUUAUAUAUAUUAAAAAAAACAAUCUCAUGUAUUGUCACACACUAUCAUAUCAAGCCUAUAUCAGUGCGGUAUUAAUUAUUAAGAAUUUAUUGAUUAUACAUAUAGUUAUUAAACUAUCAAAUUGUUGAAAGAUUCAAAGUUUUUGUUGAUGCCUUUCACUCUAGUAAGCAGCUGAUACAUAUUAUAUAUAUUAUAUAUAUAUUAUAUAUAAAUAAAAAGUAUAAAAAAUAUUUAUAUGAAUAUAUAUAAAUAUAUAUUUUCCCUAUUACAUCUUGCCGCUCAACUUUUUCUCUUUUUGAUACAUUGCUUUCUUGUAUUAACCACGAAAAAAAAACAAAUCUUUAACUACGACUUGAAUAAAUUGUCAUUAAUUAAUUAAAAAUAGCUACGACGCCAAUAAAUUGUGGAAUUGUCUAUUUGGUAGCUAAAUAAGUAUUUAUUAUCUGUCAAAGUAAAAGCAAACACUUCGUCUCCAAGUAAUGUAAUUCAUAUUUGUGAAAAUGUUAAACUAAAAAGUAUUUUGAUGUUCGAAUCAAUAUUGAUAUAUAUACGUGAAAUAUAAAAGAAGCCUGAUUAUAUAUACAUUUAAUGAAUAAGUCAGUGUUAUUCGUGUUCAUGGUGGAUGCAACUAUCACACAUACAUAAGAAAAAAAUUUGACGAUGAAUUAAAUUGAUUAAUUUUCAUUCCUGAAGUAUUAUUUUUUUUUGUAUUCCGCGUGUCGUUGCAAAUUUAAUUCUCUAACUCACCUCGCCGCAGUGUCGAAACCGCGGACCGAUGGCCUAUUUCCGAAGCUGAACAAUGACAUUUGUCUAUAUGAUUUUUUGGAAUACAUAAAGCGCACGCGUUUGAAUUAUUCAUCAGAUUGUACAUAUCAUGUUGUUCAGUAAGACGGUUUGUUCAUGGUUAUAAAAUAAUGACGAAUUCUUCGAUAAAAAUGAAACAAUGUCAAUUUUGUCAAAUCCCUGAGUAAAAUUAGUGAAUCUUGAAAAAAAAAUACGAGCUUGAUAAAAAAUAACAAACGGAAAAGACACGCGCGAAUUCGUUGGUAAGCUUUGAAAAACAAUUUCAUUGAAUUAAAACGAUUUUGUAUACAAUUUAAUUAGUAUGAAUAAAAAACUGAUAAUUGAACGGUGCUUGCUGGUGCAAUGAAUUCAGGACUGAAAAUUACAUUUUAAUUUAUAAUUUUUUCUGUUUUCCCGUUUCGCAUUAAAUGUUAUAACGAGGUGCUGGACUCGAAAUAAUUGAAGCAAAGAGCGUCAUUCGAGAAUGUUGACAUAGUUGAUUACAUUUAGAGAAGUAUUAUUAUUAUUAUUAUUAUUAUCAUUAUUAUCAUCAUACUGUUGAUUUUGGGAAUUUUCGUUGCAUUAUUUCAUAACUAUUAACGAUAACUCUUUGAAUUUAUCAAUUCAUGUCGCACAUCAGUCAUAUGUAAAUGUACAUGACGUGUUUGAUAGAAAUAAUGUUUUAGCCAAUGCAAAAGCGUGUAAUUUUGAAAUACCUUUACUGUUUGAAAGUUGAUGGUGCAGCUGAAUGUUACGAAUAUAAAAAGUACAGGAUGUACCGAGGCAAAAAAAGUUGGGAUAGGUUGUCCAAAUAGGAUCCCUUUUUUUCUAAAUAGGGCCCGUUGCUUUUUUCGUCACGAAAGAGAAGUUGCAAAAAAACUCAUCGCUGAAUUCCAUUAGUUCGAGCGAGUUUUUCUUUUUUUUUUUAUAAAUCGAAGUAAGAAGCGAGGGGUCCCAUUUAGAACAAAAAUUUCAAUUGGGACCACUUUUCCUUACUGAAUAAAUCUGUUGAUUGAUUAUAGAUUGGAGCACAAUAAGAUUUGGUAGAGGCCAUGCACAAUGAAAUUCGGCCAAUUCGUUGUAGAUUGUAAAAUUUUAGAGCGGCAAGUGAUGCAAGUCGUAAUAGAGGUUAAAUAAACACAAAUUGUCUAUUGUCAAA